CUUCAUUUCGUCACGUGUUUGCCUGUUCUAUCUCUCAAAAUUUGUACGAUUCAGCUGAGUCGCUCCGUAUUAGGUGGAAAGAGAAGAGGCUGACGAGCCUAAAACUUCUCUACCGCAACUCUGGAAGACGUUCCAAGAGUGUCUGGGGCCCGAUUUUUCGGAGCCCGCCUGUCUGAGAACACGUCCCAAUCUGGACUUUUCGGGGCGAAGCCCUUGUCCGAGGCCUACGUGGUUCUCCUGGGGGACGAGGGAUCCGGACCCUCUUCGCAGUCCCCAUCUGAAGUUUUGCUUUCGGUUUGGCGCCAGAGUCGUGCCGCGCGCUGCGUUUGUGUUACUGUCUGUCUAUUGUUCGUCGGAUUCGUGUUUGGUGUUAGUCUUUUUAAAACCAUGGGACAGUCUCUAACUACCCCCUUAAGCCUCACUCUACAGCACUGGAAGGAUACCCGAGACAUCGCUCAUAACCACUCUGUAGAGAUCCGGAAGAAAAAAUGGGACACCUUCUGCUCCUCAGAAUGGCCGACAUUUAAUGUCGGCUGGCCAGGAGAUGGCACCUUUAACCUAGACAUUAUUUUGCAGGUUAAGGCGAAAAUCAUGGAUUCAGGGCCACACGGCCACCCGGACCAGAUACCCUACAUUGUUACUUGGGAAGCCCUGGCCCGGGAACCACCCUCAUGGGUCAAGCCGUUUGUCACUCCCAGCCCCCCUGCCGUUCCCCCUGCAGUUCCCUCUGCCCCUGCCCUACCUCCUCCGUUGGUCCCCACACCCUCUAAGUCUGCCCUCUAUCCAGCUGUAACAAAGCAGGCCCAAGGACGUAAUCCGGAGGGCAAAAAGACGCCGACGACCCCGGUACUGCCAGCAGACGACGGCUCCUUGUUGGAUCUGCUGACUGAAGAACCUCCCCCCUAUAGGGACCCAGACCCCGACCAAGAGCCGGGAGAAGCCGCCGCGGCCGGACCUCAGGAGGAACCAGCUCCUUCCCCGGUGGCAGGGCGAUUGAGAGGGCGCCGAGAGGCCCCUCCGGAUUCCACAUCUCAGGCUCUCCCAUUACGAGCGGGGCCUAACGGCCAGCUCCAAUACUGGCCUUUUUCCGCUUCGGAUCUAUAUAACUGGAAAAAUAAUAAUCCCCCUUUCUCUAGGGACCCUUCUAGACUCACCGCUUUAAUCGAGUCCAUUUUAGUAAUCCACCAGCCCACCUGGGACGAUUGUCAGCAGCUGUUACAGGCCCUCCUGACCACCGAGGAAAAGCAACGAGUCCUUUUGGAAGCCCGUAAGAACGUCCCGGGGGCUAACGGGCAGCCUACUCAGUUGCCAAACGAGAUCAACGAUGCCUUCCCCUUGGAGCGACCUGAAUGGGACUUCGCCACGGAGGACGGUAGGAAUCACUUACGUCUCUAUCGCCAGUUGCUGAUAGCGGGUCUCCAUGGGGCAGCAAAGCGCCCCACUAAUUUGGCUCAGGUUAAGUUAGUGACCCAAGGGUCAGAGGAGUCUCCCUCCGCCUUCCUCGAACGACUAAAGGAAGCCUAUCGUGUGUACACCCCCUAUGAUCCGGAGGACCCUAAUCAGGCUACCAAUAUGGCCAUGUCCUUCAUCUGGCAGUCUGCCCCGGAUAUCAGAAAAAAAUUAGAGAGACUCGAAAACUUAAGGGAAAGUACGAUCCAGGAUUUGCUAAAGGAAGCGGAACGGAUUUUCAAUAAGAGAGAGACUCAAGAAGAGAGAGACGAAAGGUUAAAAAGAGAGGCAGAAGAGAGAGAAAACGUUAGAGACCGCAAGAGAAAUAGGGAAUUUAGCAAAUUGCUGGCCACUGUAGUGACAGGGCAGAGGCAGAAUAGACAGGACCUGGGAGACUGGAGGGGUCCUCGGAUAGACAGAGAUCAAUGCGCCUACUGCAAGGGAAAAGGGCACUGGGUUCGAGACUGCCCAAAAAGACCAAAAGGGCCACGGAAGCCUAAGCCCCAGGCCACCCUGCUAAACCUGGAGGAUUAGGGGAGUCGGGGUCAGGAGCCUCCCCCUGAACCCAGGAUAACCCUUAAUGUGGGGGGGCAACCCGUCACCUUCCUGGUGGACACCGGAGCCCAACAUUCGGUGCUCACUACCACACCGGGACCCCUGACUGACAAAUCAGCGUGGGUUCAAGGAGCCACCGGAGGGAAAAGAUACCGUUGGACAACUGAAAGAAGAGUACAACUCGCCACCGGUAAGGUGACUCACUCUUUUUUACACGUUCCUGAUUGCCCUUAUCCUCUGUUGGGGAGAGAUCUAUUAAUGAAACUCAGGGCACAAAUCCACUUUGAAGGGACUAAGGCCCACAUUACUGGGCCUCAGGGACAGCCUUUACAUGUGUUAACCAUAGAUCUGGAGGACGAAUACCGGCUUCACGAAUCUGAAAGGCCUCGGCCGCAAGAAAUAACUGUUUGGUUAGAAAAAUUCCCUUUAACCUGGGCGGAAACAGGGGGAGUGGGUCUCGCAACCCACCAACCGCCCCUGGUAAUCACUCUAAAGGCAUCGGCAACUCCUGUUUCCAUUAAGCAAUACCCGAUGUCGCAUGAAGCUUACCAAGGAAUUAGGCCCCACAUUCGGAGGCUUUUAAAUCAGGGCAUCCUGGUGCCUUGUCAAUCCCCCUGGAAUACGCCUCUCCUUCCGGUCAAAAAGCCAGGGACAGGAGACUACCGCCCAGUACAGGACUUGAGAGAAGUCAAUAAAAGGGUGGAGGAUAUACACCCUACAGUACCUAACCCGUACAAUCUGUUGACUGGGCUUCCUCCGACGUACACCUGGUAUACGGUAUUAGACCUUAAGGAUGCAUUCUUCUGCUUGAGGCUCCACCCUCAGAGUCAGCCUAUCUUUGCCUUCGAGUGGAAGGACCCAGAACUGGGAGUAUCGGGUCAGCUCACUUGGACUAGACUCCCACAGGGGUUCAAAAACAGCCCCACCCUAUUUGACGAGGCGUUGCACCGGGACCUGGCCGAUUUUAGAGUUCACUACCCUGCUUUAAUCUUGCUCCAAUAUGUUGAUGACCUCCUCCUGGCUGCGGAAACUGAGGAAAAAUGUCUGGAGGGAACAAAGGCCCUCUUGAGGACUUUAGGAACUCUAGGAUACCGGGCCUCAGCCAAAAAGGCCCAAUUAUGCCAGAGGCGGGUUACAUACCUGGGUUACCAAAUCAGAGAUGGACAAAGAUGGUUGACAGAGGCGCGGAAACAGACAAUCCUAAAAAUUCCAGUGCCCAAAAGCCCGAAACAACUAAGAGAGUUCCUGGGUACGGCGGGGUUCUGUCGCCUCUGGAUUCCAGGGUUCGCAGAAAUGGCUGCGCCACUUUACCCACUCACCAAGCAAGGGACUCUCUUUACGUGGGGAGAUGAGCAGCAGAGAGCCUAUGCAGCCAUAAAAGAGGCCCUGCUAACCUCCCCCGCGUUGGGACUUCCGGACUUAAACAAGCCCUUUGAGCUGUUUGUAGACGAAAAACAGGGAUAUGCUAAAGGAGUCCUGGCUCAAAAACUGGGACCAUGGAGGCGUCCGAUAGCCUACCUGUCCAAGAAACUUGACCCGGUAGCCUCGGGAUGGCCACCCUGCCUGAGGAUGGUGGCAGCAAUUGCCCUCUUGAUUAAAGACUCUGGCAAGCUGACUAUGGGACAGCCAAUAACAAUUUUGGCUCCUCAUGCAGUGGAAGCCCUGGUCAAACAACCUCCGGGCCGAUGGCUUUCCAAUGCCCGCAUGACCCACUACCAGGCCCUACUACUGGACACUGAUCGAGUAUACUUUGGCCCUAUAGUAGCUCUCAACCCGGCAUCACUGCUUCCCCUACCGGAGGGUCCAGAAACUCAUGACUGCCUCCAGAUACUUGCAGAAGUACAUGGUACCCGACCCGACCUGACCGACCAGCCCCUCCCCGACGCCGACUUCACCUGGUACACCGACGGGAGCAGCUUUCUGGACAACGGAGAGCGGAGAGCGGGGGCCGCAGUCACCACCGAGACUGAGGUAAUUUGGGCUGAGGCCCUACCAUCUGGCACUUCGGCACAGCGGGCUGAGCUCGUCGCCCUAACUCAGGCCCUCCGGAUGGCAGAAGGUAAGAAGCUCAAUGUUUAUACCGAUAGCCGCUAUGCCUUUGCCACUGCUCACAUCCAUGGGGAAAUAUAUCGGAGAAGAGGGUUGCUUACCUCGGAAGGAAAGCAGAUCAAAAAUAAAGCUGAAAUAUUGGCCCUGCUUAAGGCUCUGUUUUUACCCUCAAAACUGAGUAUCAUCCAUUGCCCCGGCCACCAAAAGGGAGACAGCCGAGAAGCCAGGGGCAACCGCUUGGCGGACGCAACUGCCCGAGAAGCGGCGAGACAAGAAAGCUCAGAUACCUCCCAGCUCCUGGCUAUAGAGCCGGCCGAGGCAGAGGUCCCCUCCAUUCAGGAACCUCCCUUCCACUAUAGUGAGGAAGAUCGGGACCUCCUAAAAGAAAUGGGGGCCACUUACAAUCCCAUGCUAAGACUCUGGACUUUCAAAGAAAAACCUGUGUGGCCCCUGCAACAGACUCGUAACCUGAUUAAAUACCUCCACAGACUGACUCACCUUAGCUCCGGAAAAAUAAAAACCCUCCUAGAAAGGGAGGAAAGCUCCCACUAUUUGCUGGGGAGAGAUAAAAUUCUACAACAAGUGGCUAAAGAGUGCACAGCAUGCGCCCAAGUAAAUGCAGGACGCCAUAGGAUAGGCCCAGGGACCAGGAUCCGGGGACAUCGCCCCGGCACCCACUGGGAGAUUGACUUCACAGAGGUAAAACCUGGACUAUAUGGAUAUCGGUUCUUGCUGGUAUUUGUGGACACCUUCUCGGGAUGGGUAGAAGCCUACCCCACCAAACAUGAAACUGCCAACGUAGUCGCCAAAAAGCUUCUGGAAGAAAUCUUCCCCAGGUAUGGCAUGCCCCAGGCGUUGGGCUCUGACAAUGGUCCUGCCUUCAUCUCCCAGGUAAGUCAGUUAGUGGCCAAACUUUUGGGGAUCAAUUGGAAAUUACAUUGUGCAUACCGUCCCCAGAGCUCAGGGCAGGUAGAACGAAUGAAUAGAACUAUCAAGGAGACCUUAUCUAAAUUAACGCUGGCAACUGGCUCUAGAGACUGGGUGGUCCUCCUUCCACUGGCCCUAUAUCGGGCCCGAAACACCCCGGGCCCCCAUGGACUCACUCCUUUCGAGAUCCUGUAUGGAGCCCCACCACCGAUCGUUAACUUCUUUGAUCCCUGUAUAGCUUCAUUUGCUGAUAGCCUCUCUCUAAAAGCCCAUUUGCAGGCACUACAGAUUGUCCAGAAAGAAGUCUGGGAACCCAUCGCCGCUGCAUACCAAGAACAACUGAACCGACCGGUGGUGCCACAUCCGUUCCAGAUUGGAGACACAGUUUGGGUCCGUCGACAUCAAACUAGAAACUUGGAACCCCGCUGGAAAGGGCCCUAUACUGUGUUGCUAACAACCCCGACGGCGCUCAAGGUCGACGGUAUCACAGCGUGGGUACACGCCUCCCAUGUCAAGGCGGCCCAUCACGACGCAGAGCAAGAUCAGACUCCAGCCUCCUCAUGGAAACUCCGUCGCACCCAAAAUCCACUAAAGAUAAGACUCACCCGGGUUUGAUAUUCUUUCUCUUCCUGUUCACUCUGUCACACUCCAGUCCCCACAUCCCUGUAAAUUCGACUUGGGUCCUGCUAGAUGGAUUUGGUGUCCUUCUUAACAAAACUUCCAAAAUAGCUCCCCCGUACACUUGGUUCCCUGAACUAAGUUUUGAUCUAGCUCAGGCCAUGCCACCCGGGUCCUACGCCAGGCGCAUCGUAGACGACAAAAAAACACAUUUCUACAUGUGCCCU